AGAGUAUCUGGGGAUUUCAAUAUAAUUACCGUAAAAGAACAAGGGCAAAUUGGCCAAAGGAUACGUUAUUGUGGUUCCUUUGAUACUGCAUCCGGUAGCCCACUCAGCCGCUUCCUUUUAAACCCUAAACUCCAGUCCGUUCUCCCAGUAGAGCCGCAUCGGGUAGAGCUUCCGCCAGUUUUUUCGCCGCCGUCAACCUCCUUGUUUCUGUCUCCUCCGCCAUUGCGAGAUGGCUCCAAAGCAACCCAACACUGGCUUGUUUGUGGGGCUCAAUAAAGGCCAUGUUGUGACCAAGAAGGAAUUGGCACCUCGUCCUUCUGAUAGGAAAGGGAAAACAAGCAAGAGGGUGCACUUCGUGAGAAGCCUCAUCAGGGAAGUUGCUGGCUUCGCGCCUUAUGAGAAGCGAAUCACUGAACUUCUUAAGGUUGGAAAAGACAAACGUGCACUAAAGGUUGCUAAGAGGAAGUUGGGAACUCACAAGAGGGCAAAGAAGAAGCGUGAAGAGAUGUCCAAUGUUCUUCGCAAGAUGAGGCAAGAUAAGCUUUGCAUCACCAAUCUACUUUUAAUUUUGAAAAUGAAUUUGAGUUAGGGAGAAUGGGAGAUCUUGUACUCCCAUUAGGUUCCGGUUCAUUUUGAAGCAUUCUGCUAAAGACUGGUUUGCUAACAUGCUAGCCAUAACUAGUUAUGAUCCUUAUUAGAGAUUAGCUGUAGCUUGUGUUAGCUUUGCCAUGAGUCAGUUGAUUUCUUCAUGAUUCUUUCAAUUUAUCAUGGGCAUUGUUAGUUAUUUUACUUCUUUUUUGCUAUGCCAUUCAUUUACAUGUGUUUCUGGGCAUUAACACAUGUAUACUUGAAUUGUAGGGCUGCUGGUGGUGGUGACAAGAAGAAGUAAGCUGCCAAAAGCUGGAAUUUUGCGUAGUUUUACCUGCUUUGUAAUAGAAGAGUAGCAGCAUAUGGAACUUAAGAGUUAAGAAUUGCAUUGUCUUCUUAUGGGAGCGUUGCUUUUGUUAUGUUUUGAGAAUUCACAUUGCAGUCAAGAACUUGGCUUUUUGAAUGUUGGAAAUUUUAGAGUUCGCUAUAUAAACUAAUUAUCUUAUCUUGGUGUGCUUGUUACCAUGAUGUGAUCUUCAACUAUAUGCAUGUAUUAUGUUGAAGAAUCAAUCAGAAAUAUCACUUGCGUUUCAGCUCACUGUUGUUUCCUUCAACCCGUUCAGUUUCAGAAUAUUGUUAUCUUUGUGUGCUUGUCACGAUGAUGUGAUCUUCACUGUUGUUUCCUUCAAUAUCACUCAACUGUUCAGCUUCAGAAUUUCUACUCAAGAUGCACCAUUGUGAUGAAUUGGAGAGUUCAAAUGGUUCUAUUAGUUAUCUGAACAAAAUUCAGUUGAAAUGCAAUGGACUUUGUACCAUUCUCCAAGGCUAAUACGAGGAGCAAAGAGAUGCACUUUCUUCCCCCUUGUAGUGUCUAUACACUCUCUCCCCCCUUCUAGUUUGUAACACGAUGUUGUCAUAUGGCAUUUGGCAACUGGAGAAGACAAAAAACGUAUGUAUGAUUUUGGACAGGCUUUCUAGCAUGUUUAGACAAACUAGGGUACAAUGUAACAUGUUUUGGCCAGCUCCAGAGCUACUAGAGAAUUAUCAGUUUAACAUGUUUUGGCACCAGCUUUGGUAGCUGCUGCUUGUCACAAAGCCUUGCUGUUUCGCUCCUUUCAAUAUCAUCAAACAUAGGAACGCAAGGAAUAGAAGUAUUAUUCCGUGGAUCAAUGAUAAGCUGCUCAAGUCCAACAGCAUAAUGUGACAAGUAUGCGACAAGUUCAUCUUCACAUCUACGACCAUAGUAACCUGAUAAUUCAACCACCUUAAGAUGUUUAUGUUUCAGGUCCAGGGGAUGUUUGAUUAUCUGGAUCGGUCCUUCCUUUCUCGAUGGUUGCACCCAAAAUAACUG